GGUGAAAGAUUACCAACUUUUUCAUUAUUCAAAAAGAAAAAAACAAUAUAAAAACCAUAAAAAGCCAACUUUCCUUAAUGUUUUCUUUUUUCUUUUUGGUUUCAAUCUUUCUUCUUUGUUCUUUCUGUUUUGUCUAUCAUCCUUUGGAACAUUUCAAUUCACUUUCCAGAACGAGAAAACAUAAGUAAGCCACCCCACAACCACCCCGCAACCCAACUUUCUGCAUUGUCUCUUCAAUUGUCCUUAACUUGUUCUACUACCCUUUUUCUAGUUUCUUGAACUGUCCCAAAAUCAAGUCUUUUUCGUUUUUUAGUGAAAAUUGUAUGCUUUCUUGAUUCUUUUUCUAAAUGGGGUUCUUUGUUUUUUAGUCUUGAAUAGUUCAAGAAUCUUUAGCUUCACUUACAAGAUUUUGAUUCUUUUAGGGAUUUGGUUUCUUGUUUUUUUUUUUGUAUAAAUGAGGUUUUUUGUUUUUUGUUUUUAGUUUUUGAAGUGUUUUGAUUCUUUUGGCAUUUGGGGUUUGAGUAAUUGUGAGAAAUGCAAUCAGAGAGUUCAGAACAGGUGAGAUCGGUUGUGGCAGCAGCUGAUACAAGGGGGAAACAUAGGAUAUCUGCUGAAUUGAAGAGACUUGAACAAGAAACUCGUUUUUUAGAGGAAGAACUUGAAUUGCUUGACAAAAUGGAAAAGGCAUCCGCCACUUGCAAGGAGAUGCUAAGUAAUGUGGAAACAAAUCCUGAUCCAUUACUACCAGUAACACAUGGUCCAACAAAUCCUUCCUGGGAUCGAUGGUUUGAAGGACCACAAGAUGCAUCAGGUUGCAGAUGCUGGAUAUUGUGAAUUUGUGAUAAUACUUGGCUGAUUUUGGAAGUUUCACUGAUUGGAGAGGAAGCUGAAGUUGGCAUUCUCAGUCUGUUGCCUAAUAUAGAAAGAAGUCUUAUGUGCAGAAAAUGACAUUAUAUCCCUUAAGAGUUGAAAUUCAAGAUUCUAAUCUUUAUUGCUAGGUCAGCUAGCAUUGUGCAGAUGACAGUUUUCUAUUUUAACAUCAUAAUGACAAGUAUUCUGUUGUGGUUAGAAAUGAUUCAUAACGCCUGUCUGCUUCUAUCAGGAACAACUGUUAUUUGUUCAAACAUUGAUUUUUGAGCUUGAGAUGAGUUGAGCUCAAAUGAAGUACUGAGGAUUCAUAUAGCCAAUCCAACUUGUUUGUGACUAA